AUGGUUCACAGAAUCUCUGUAUUUCGUGUUAGUUCACUGUGUACUUGUCUGCCACCGUGUACUACUGUACUUUGACUUUACUUCUUUUUCAUUAGUAGUAGUCACUCUUAAUACAAUUUGAAUUUGUUAGAGUUAUUGGCGACUAUUUAGUUGUGUGUUCUACGAUACCAAAAAUAUUGAAAGCUAUGGAGGACCGUAUGUUAGUAACAAUUUUUACUUUUGCAUUCGUCGCAGUUAGUUUUGUUUUAUUGCCAGUUACUUCUGGGAAAGUUGGUGAGCGUUCACCUAUUCAGCCAGUUGUGCAGACGACCCCAGCUAAUGACCAAAUCAACAGCAGUACGCCUACCCCGAACACGACGGAACCUGUCAUCACGAAUGUGCCAUCAAACGACACCAACACCACCACCACUGUGAAGCCCACCACGCCCACCACCAUUGUCACGACUACGCUGGCGCCCAAGACCACGGUGACCACUCCGAACACCACCACACCAACCACCCCGACUACGCCAGCGCCCGAUCACACCACUGUGCCCCCCACGACCACGCCGGCUCCCAACACGACCACCACCGUCCCGCCCACGAAACCGACCGUGGUGCCGGCCUCUACCACCGCUGCCCCCACGGUGCCACCGUCCAAGGACAGGCGCUUCGAUGGGCCCAGCUUCGUGGGGGGAAUCGUGCUGUGCCUGGGUAUCCUGGCCAUUGGCUUCGUCGCCUUCAAGUUCUACAAGGCCCGCACCGAGCGGAACUACCACACCCUGUAGAGGGGUCCCGGCCGCGUCUGCUUUUCUGUGUCUUUUUGUUUACGAGGUUCCGUCAACAUCAACAUCGUCAUAGGUUUACGUGUAUGUGUGCAAAUUGUGAUUCAGAAAAUAUUCAUAUUUUUUUACUGGGUGCAAAUUUUGUUUUUUAUGAUAUGGUCGACAUGCACACUCUUCAGGAAAAUAUGCAGUUCAGUUAUUUCUGUUGAAUCUCUCUGCAGUGAGGACUAAUACUCAGCUUACAUUAGUACCUUGCAUCUCUUGUGCAGGGAAAUUUUUUUAGUAGGUAUUUAAACAUUCAGAAUUUUUUUAUGAAUAGUGUGCAGUACCAUUUUUCUUUCAUUUAUGUGUUAAAUAUUGUAUUUAUAAGUUUCUGUGAUAGGUAGGGGAAAGAGCGUUAAUUUAUUUUUGCCAGGUUUUUGAAUAUAUACCUAUUUAGGUAUCGUUUCAUGAAUUUUUUUCAGUUUUUUUACUUAAGUUUUUUUUUUUAAUUCAACGUAACAUUUUAACAUUGGAAUUUAAUUUAUUGGUUUUAUGCGGGAUCUCAGAUUUGACCUGUCAUUUUACGUUCUGUGUAGACAGUUUGUUAGUUCAAUUUACAUCAGCUUGGUGCCACGUGGCCACGUUGAGGGGAAAUGCUGGUGUUCCUACAGUGCUUGCUUCUGAAUGUCUUAAGUGUGCACUAGUCUCAUUGUGUCGUGCAAGGGGCAUGUGUAUUCGUGCCAGCGUUGGGUUUCUCAUGCGUGAUUGGUGGCGUGCGUGGUGUUUUGGUAUAGUUAAUAGCUUAAGAAGAAUGUGAUCUAUGAUGACCUUAAAAAAAGGAUCUGUGAUUGAAGUCAUGUACAUUGAAACUUUUCUCUAAUAAUUUUAUAACAAGUUUUUCACAGGUGGACUAGUCUGCAUCUGCAGCUGACACAUACAUACAGGAUGUUAAAACAGAGAAGAUAAGACUUGUAUAUUAAUCUGUCACAUUUUUAAAGUAAUAGUGGUAUAACGUUAAGAUUGUUUGGUUUGCAGUAGAUUUUUAUCUGACAGGUGUGUUGCAACCACUUAACAGUGAUCUAGGGCACAUACUUAAAUCAGGGAUUUUGUUUGACACUAUAUUUGAUGCAAGGUAGUUAAGUUUAAUUGACAAAAUAACGUAAAGUGAUUGCUUUAUUAGUUUCACCAAUAUGGCUGGCAUAAUGAAAUUUUAUAGCAAAGUUACAUCAAGCCUGGAUGCCUUCGAAUCUCUGAAAUAUAUAUAAAAAAAAAAAUUAAUCCUUCAUUAAAGUUUUGGAUGCAUGCAUAAUCAUAAACUUCAUGUAGGUGCACACUUAGAAACUAUAUUUGAAAUACACAUAUAAUAUAUGACCUAUAGAGAACAAAAGAUAAAUUUACUAAAUUUUGGUGUGAAAUUGAAUGAGGGAGAUUUUUUAUAUUGGUUAUUUUACCAACUAAAAACCAAACUGCAAACAAAUAAGCACUUUUUGUUUGUAGAGUCAGAAAAGGGGGUUGCUGUGAAGUUUAAUGUUUAUGCAGCUCUGCCAAGAUAUUUGAGAAGUACACACCGUGAUUAUAAAAGUAAUUUUCUUUUAAAAUUAUGUUAUUGUUGAGCAAUUCACACAGUAGCAGAAGUUUAUAAAUUAGUACCGUAUCAUAAAGAUGCUUUUUGCUAUCAGUAUGAGGAAAAAUUUUGAUGUAUCUUGGAAAGUUUUCUAUUGUGGGCGUAAGUAAUUCGGUGAUAAAUAUAAAUGAAUGCAUGCAGUUGUAGAUUUUGAAGUCUUGAAUUAUUUGCACACACAGAUUGCUUGUAUGAUGAACAUCCUGAGCCCAAAGUGUGACUUAAGACUGCCUUUAACUAUGUGGACAGUGUAGUUUGACAGUCAUUGGAAAGGAGUUGAUAUCCUGUGGCAUUGAUACAAGUAAACCUCUGUUCAUGGUGGAUGUAAGAUGAUAAUGUUUCCUUUUUAUUUUUUCCCUCUUCUUGAUAGUUUCUGGAACAUGGCAUGACUUCGUGUAUUGUGUAUUGGACAAGUGUUUUUGUCAAUCUGAAUUGUGACGCUUCCACCAAAGUGAGUGGAGUUAUGAAUGGUUAGGUACUUGUGGCAAUUUUUUGACUAGACGGGUUUAACGAAAGAGAUGUAAACAUUUGAAUAGGUAAUAUUUGUUGUUAGUGUAAUUUGAUUUCACUGACAAGAGUUCUCAGUAUACCACAUUUCAGUUGUAGAAUGCAGUUUUUAGUUGGCAUGAUUCGAAUGCUCUUUAAUUCCUACUCAAUAUAGUGUUGAUAUAAAAGUGCUCUUAAAAUUUUGGAAAUUGUUCAUUGCUCUGAUAGUGUUAUAGAAUAUAGACAAUGCUUUAGUGCGUGUAUGAAGGGAAAAAAAUCUGUUACCUUGCAUUUAAUGUUUUCUUUCAACUCUUUACUACCCUAAAAAAGAUGGUGGUGAAAUGUAUAUACAUAUGUGUGCAAUGGAUGUUAUGUGAUGCCAUUAUUACAUUAAGAUAGUGAGGUAAGUUUUACUUUGCUUUCUUAUUUUUCUGAUUGUUAUCGUGUAUUCUUUAUGCUAAUUAUGUAGUGCAAUUGUAAAACCACAGGCAUUUGAUCAAACUUUCACAUUGACAUUUUCUCAAAAAUGUUUGAGUAUGUAUGUAUAUAGUUAAAAGAUUUUUUUACAUGGUGGUUUUGGCUUACUCUGGAAGCAUGAAUUUUUGUAAAAAAAUAGGAGUUAAUAUGUUGGAUCAGAAUUUUUUUUUUACAGUUUGUUUUAUGAAAUCUGCAAGAAAAGUAGUUUGAAACAGGGUGAAAGUAUUGUAUGCUCUAAUUUAAAAAUAUGGACCUCAAGUAUUAGUUAGUAUUACUUUAUCUUCAGAAAUUACAUGAAAGUUUUUCUUAGCACUCUUGCAUUACAAAUUAAUUUUCAUUAUUAGAUCAUUUUCGUUAUUAAGUCUUACGGUGCAGCCACAGCAAGAAAUACAUUUUUGCUCCAUCAUGUACUUAUUAGUCACAAUAUUUUAAUGUAAUCUUAAUGAACAUGUAAUUAAGAAUGCCUAGUUCAGCUCUGUUUCAUUUGUCACACUUUGUUCUGAGUUUUGUUCUUCAGUUCGUCAUAUUGUCAUUCAGGGUCAUGUGUUGCGUCACCAAAGAUUCUCCUUCAUGCAACAAUUUACUUUAAAAUAUUCAGCUUUUUAAAUUACUAUCUUUAAAACUCCACAUAGUCAUCGUUUUAACAUUAAUCAGUCUGUUGCUUUCACAUCUAUCAAUAAUUGUUUAUAUUAUUGCAUUUGCAGAAUAAUCUUCUAACUUGCAGAUAAAUGUUCUGAUGGGCUUUUUUUUAGAAAAUGAAAAAUGUAGAAAACUAUUUAGGUGGAAAAUGUCUUUAUAAUUUAUUUGUAUUAAAAGAGCUUCCUCCUUUUUCUGAAACUGACAACAUUCUCUGUUAAACAAUGUUUUUCAACUUCAAAAUUUUGAAAAUUAGAUUCAAUUUUUUUUUUUAAAUGAAUAAAAGCUCUAAAUUAUAAUUUUAUAGAACAUGUUAAGCAUGAGCCAUUUUACUAUGCAUAAUUUAUGUAGUUACCCUUUGUUUAUUUUUGGUUGAUAAGCAAUUCAUUAAAAUUAAAACAUAAGAAAGUAAGGUUCCUUGAUAUUUAGCUGCAAGAAGAACUUUCAUGAAUUUUCACAUAUAACAGAAUAAAAUUUGUUUUUUCAACAUGCAACAGAAGUGGUUUUGUGCUAUUGAGUCCAUCCAUGUAAUAAAAAUUAUAAAUUAUAAUUAGGAAGUUGUAACUUUUUGCAGUGUUACAUUCCUUCUUUUGUCAGCAAUAUUAGCUGUUAUAGGAAUUUGGAUCUUCUAGGAGUAAUAUUGUUACAGUCGUAUUAAACAUUAUUGCAAACUAGACUUAGAAUCUGAAAUGAAUUUGUAACAUUUGUGUAUAAUUUCACAAAAAUAAAUAUUUUGUCUUCAAA